UCCCUGUAUAUUUGUGUUAAUAGUGGUUAAUAAUUUGUGGUCGCCUCUUCUUCUUCUAAGAUAUUAUCUUCCACUUCCACCUUUUCUUUUUCUUGUUUUCACUUGAACAUCCAAAAAGAGAGAAACAUUCAGACAAGUAAUGGCUUCUCUAUCUCUACAUAUGUGGUUACCUCUUCUCCUUCUUCUCUUCCCCUUUAUUUUUCUUUUGAAAAAGAAACUAAAUAGCAAGCACCUUCCACCAGGUCCUCCUGGACUUCCAAUAAUAGGCAAUUUACACCAGCUUGGGACCUUACCUCCUUACUCUUUAUGGCAACUAUCCAAGAAAUAUGGUCCUGUCAUGCUUCUCCAGCUUGGUCAAAUUCCUACAGUUAUUAUCUCCUCUGCAGAAGCUGCAAAAGAGCUUAUCAAAACAAAUGACCUCAAUAGUUGUAGUAGGCCUUGCUCCGCUGCUACAGGAAGACUAAGUUACAACUUUCUUGAUAUAUCUUUUGCACCUUAUGGAGACUACUGGAGAGAAAUGAGAAAGAUUUGUGUUCUUGAACUUUUUAGUGCUAAAAGAGUUCAAUCGUUUCAAUCCAUUCGAGAAGAAGAAGUGGGUUUUUUAAUCGAUUCGAUUUUAAAAUCAUCUUUAAAAUCUUCUUCUCCUGUGGAUCUUAGUGAAAAGACUUUGUCUCUUACUGCAAAUGUUAUUUGUAGAGCAGCUUUUGGGAAAAGUUUCCAAGAAAGAGGAUUUAACCACGACAGGUUUCAAGAAGCGAUUCAUGAAGCUUUUGCCAUGUUGGGGAGUUUUCCUGCAACUGACUUUUUUCCUCAUGUUGGAUGGAUUGUUGAUAGGCUUACAGGUCUCCAUACAACCCUUGAAAGAGUCUUCCAAGAAUUUGAUGAGUUCUACCAAAAGAUUAUUGAUGAUCAUAUCCAAAUGGGAAAAGCAGAUCCUGGACAUGAAGAUAUCAUUGAUGUUUUAUUGGAUUUGGAGAGACAUCGAACUGCAUCUGGUGGAAUUCAAAUCUCCCGAAAUCAUAUCAAAGCAAUUCUAAUGGAUAUAUUUCUGGCUGGAGUAGAUACUGGAGCAGUAGUCAUGGUCUGGGCAAUGACAGAACUUGUUAGGAACCCUAGAGUUAUGAGAAAAGCACAAGAAGAAAUUAGAAGUCUAAUUGGAGAAAAAAUAAAAGUAUCUGAAAGUGAUACUGACAAGUUCAUCUACCUAAAGUCGGUUUUGAAGGAAACAAUGAGAUUGCAUCCACCAGUACCACUGCUACUUCCAAGAGAAGCCAUCUCACAAUUCAACAUCAAUGACUAUGAAAUUCAUCCUAAAACUCGAAUCCAGGUCAAUGUGUGGGCGAUAGGAAAAGAUCCUAAAAUUUGGAAAAAUCCUGAAGAAUUUAUUCCAGAGAGAUUCAUUGAUAAUUCUAUUGAUUUUAGAGGGCAGAAUUAUGAAUUUUUACCGUUUGGUGGUGGUAGGAGAAGUUGUCCUGGUAUAACCAUGGGAUUGGCUUUGGUGGAGCUUGCACUUGCAAACCUUUUAUUUUGCUUUGAUUGGGAGUUGCCUUACAAUAUGAAGGAGGCAGAUAUUAAUAUGGAAGAGAAAUUCGGUCUUACUAAUCAUAAGAAAGAAGCUUUAAUGCUCGUACCAAUUAAAUAUCAUCACCUUCUGUAUAAUAAAGAAUAAAUGUCUCAAAUAGCUUUAAUUGAUGAAAUUAAUAAAUA